AAUUAGUUCCAGAAGAUGGCAGUAAUGCAGCAGCUGCAGCAAAACCUGGCUGAAGAAGAAGAGGAGGAGGAGGAAGAAGGUCUCUUGCUUCAAAUCCUGCCUAAAGGCUCGAAUCGCGUUGCCAGUCGUCGGGCUACGUGCUCUGUGAGGGAAGACGCAAUGGAGUUUCUCGUCCACAUGAACCAGCAGAAGGGGCUUCUCUGCAGCCCGCGCGCCGCUCUCCUCCUCCUCCUCCCCUUCCUCCUCCUCGCCACAGUCACUUCUGCAGAGGAAGGCGCCCAAGUGAAAAACUCCCAGUGUCACAACUACGCGGGAGGACACGUCUAUCCCGGAGAGGCUUUCCGGGUGCCCGUGUCCGACCAUUCCCUGCACCUCAGCAAAGCCAAGAUCUCGAAGCCCGCACCACACUUUGAGGGAACAGCCGUCAUUAAUGGUGAAUUCAAGGAGCUGAAGCUGUCGGACUACAAAGGAAAAUAUAUCGUCUUUUUCUUUUAUCCCCUGGACUUCACAUUUGUCUGCCCCACUGAGAUCAUUGCGUUCAGUGAUCGUGUGCAUGAGUUUCAGGCCAUCAACACAGAGGUGGUCGCCUGCUCUGUCGACUCCCAGUUCACCCACUUGGCUUGGAUCAAUACACCCAGGAAGCAAGGUGGACUUGGACCAAUGAAAAUCCCUCUGUUGUCCGACCUCACUCACCAGAUUUCAAAAGACUAUGGAGUGUACCUGGAGGACCAGGGACACACAUUAAGAGGACUCUUCAUCAUUGAUGGUAAAGGCAUCCUGAGGCAGAUCACCAUGAACGAUCUUCCAGUGGGACGAUCUGUGGACGAGACUCUGCGGCUGGUGCAGGCCUUCCAGUACACUGACAAACACGGAGAAGUGUGUCCAGCAGGAUGGAAGCCGGGCAGUGACACAAUCAUUCCUGACCCUUCAGGCAAGCUGAAGUAUUUUGAUAAACUGAACUGAUCUUUGUUUGUGUCGUCCCAAUCUGUGAAAUUCACCAUGUACUUAAAGUACAAAUAAAAAGUGUUUUCCUAAAA